CUAGUGGAUUGUUCAGUGGAUUGGUAAUAAUUUAGGAACGCUUUUUUUGUUAAUGAUACCGUGAUAAGCUGGAACAUGUCGGUUAAUACAUAACCACAAUAUACCACAAUUAUUAUCAUUGUUUUAUCAAUUGUAUGAUUCAUUGAUAUUUGAUUUAAAAUUUAAAUUGUGAUUUGAAUAAAGUACCUAUUUAAUUCUAUUAAAUUUACAUCUUUUUAUAAUUUUUGUAUGUGAUCAAAUUCUUAAAUAAUGAAUAAUAAUUUAGUAUUAUUAUUUAAUUUAAAUCACCUACAAGAUAUAAAUAAGUCUUUGGAUAAAAAAAAAAAGCUUUUAAUUCAACUGCUUUCAAAAAAUGUGAAAGCACGUAUUACAAACUUCAUGUCAAUAACAAGUCUAUAUGAUGACAUAGAUUUUAAAAGUCAUUUCAGACUCACAAGAAGUUCAGUCGAGGUUUUAAUGUGUAAAAUGAAACAUUUAUAUAAGUCUCCCAAUAUAAAAGGAGGAAGACCUGGGGUUGAUUUUCAUAAAGCUACUUUGUUAACUAUUUGGUACUUAAGUAACACUGAGACAUUUCGCCAGGUCGGUGAUCGUUUCGGGUUAAAUAGAGGGCUUGCAUGUCGUACUAUACAUAAAUAUAUACGUGCACUGUCAAACCUUCUUGAUGAAUUCAUAAUAUGGCCUAGGGGAAGUUCUGAAACAAAAACUGUACAAGAUUUUAAAAAUUUACGAAUAAAUUAUGUACCAAAUACUAUUGGAUGUAUUGAUGGCUGCCAUAUCCGCAUGCAUUCAGAAAAAGCUAAAAGGAGUGACUACACCAACCGCAAAAUGUUUCAGUCAAUUGUUCUACUGGCUGUUUGUAAUGCUCAUUUAGAGUUUACUUACAUAUUUUCUGGUUGGCCUGGGAGUUCGCAUGAUGCAAGAGUUUUUAAAAAUUCUUCAUUAGGAAAUACUUUAAUAAAUAAUCCACAAGAAAUGAUUUCUAAAGAUCUUCAUAUUCUUGGUGAUUCUGCUUUUCCAUUACUUGAAAACCUUUUAGUUCCAUACAAGGCUACCCACAUAUUGUCUGAUAGAGAAAAAUUAUUCAAUAGAAGAUUAAGUUCAACUCGAGUGGUUAUAGAACAAGCUUUUGGAUUGUUACUAGGGCGUUUUCGAAGACUCAAGUCACUAGAAUCAAAAUCAGUUGAAUUAAUGAGUCUUACAGUAACUGGUGCUUGUAUUUUACAUAAUUUGGCUCUUAAGAACAAUGACUUAUUUGGAAUUGAAGAUAACGACCAAGACAUGGACGUUUCAACUGAUGAAAUUCAUCAAGAUGUUGGUGUUUCAAUAGCAGUCACACAAAGAAAUGGUAUAGACAAAAGAAAUGAGUUGUCUCUUAGGUUUUAUGAACAUUGAGCAAAUCAUGACAUUUCAAUUUAAUAUUAUUUAUAUUUAUUUAAUAUUAUUAUGUUAUUUAUUAUUAUUGUGUAACCCAAUUGUUUUAAAAACAAUAAUAAGAAUAAAUGAUUUAGUUUAUACUGUA